GUGGUUAGAAAGUUGGGGGCGGAGCAGCCGAGAGUGGCUGGGAAAUGAUGGCUGAUGAAGACGAGGAAGUCCAACUGAUCGUGCAGAAAUUGCAGGAGCUGGUGGAUCAGCUGUAUUCGUUUCGAGACUGCUAUUUUGAGACACACAGUGUUGACCAUGCUGGCAGGAAGCAGCGAGAUGUGCGGGAGGAGAUGGAGAAGACUCUGCAGCAGAUGGAGGAAGUAGUGGGUUCUGUUCAGGGUGAGGCACAGGUUCUGAUGCUGACUGGGAAGGCGCUGAAUGUUACUGCUGACUAUAGCCCUAAGGCUGAGGAGCUUCUGUCAAAGGCAGUGAAACUGGAGCCCAAGCUGGUAGAAGCCUGGAACCAGCUGGGUGAAGUGUAUUGGAAGAAAGGGGACGUCGCAGCUGCUCACACCUGCUUCUCAGGAGCCCUUACCCACUGUAAGAACAAAGUUUCCCUUCAAAACCUGUCAAUGGUGCUUCGCCAGCUGCGAAAUGAUUCUGGAGAUGAACAUUCUCGGCAUGUCAUGGACAGUGUCCAACAGGCUAAGCUGGCUGUGCAGAUGGAUAUCCAUGAUGGCCGCUCCUGGUAUAUUCUAGGGAAUGCUUACCUCUCUCUUUACUUCAAUACUGGCCAGAGCCCUAAGAUCUCUCAGCAAGCACUCAGUGCCUAUGCCCAAGCAGAGAAGGUUGACAGGACAGCUUCCAGCAAUCCUGAUCUUCAUCUGAACAGGGCAACGCUACAUAAAUAUGAAGAGAAUUAUGGGGAGGCCUUGGAGGGCUUUUCCCGUGCUGCAGCCCUGGAUCCUGCCUGGCCAGAGCCCCAACAGCGAGAACAACAACUUCUGGAAUUCCUGAAUAGGUUAACCAGCCUCCUUGAGAGCAAGGGCAAGGUGAAGACCAAGAAGUUGCAGAGCAUGCUGGGAAGCUUGCGCUCAGCCCAGCUAGGCCCUUGUGGUGAUGGGCGCUAUCAGUCAGCCUCUGGACAAAAGGUGACCUUGGAACUCAAGCCGCUGAGUACUCUGCAGCCUGGGGUAAACAGUGGUGCCGUGCUGCUGGGCAAGGUGGUGUUCAGCCUCACCACGGAGGAGAAGGUCCCUUUUACAUUUGGCCUGGUAGACUCAGAUGGACCUUGCUAUGCAGUGAUGGUAUAUAAUGUGGUCCAGAGCUGGGGAGUACUCAUUGGGGACUCUGUAGCCAUCCCGGAGCCCAGCCUCCGGCAUCACCGAAUUCAGCACAAAGGAAAGGACUACACCUUCUCCAGUGUUCGAGUGGAGACGCCCCUCUUGCUGGUGGUGAAUGGAAAGCCUCAGGGCUCCAGCAGCCAGGCGGCUGCCACAGUGGCUUCACGGCCGCAGUGUGAAUGACCUGCCCUGACCUGCACGCUUGAGAGACUGGAGGCAAGGACAUAAGCUGGACUAGCCUCACCCAGUGACUUAGCUGGGAUAGGGAGAGGCCGUCGGUCUGAAGACUCUCACUUCCUCUGCCCUGCAAGACAGGUUGCAUCCCUUCCUCUUCUCCUGGUCCUAUGUUCUAGUUCUCUCAGGAACCAUACAGUCCCCUGGUCUGUCUGACCUGUCUCUUUCACCGCUCUCUCUUAUAUGCAAAGAGCAUGGGAUAGGUAGACAUGUUGGCGUCUUGCCAUGGGGACAAAAUCCUCAAGGUUUCUGUUCUUGCCUCUUUCCUGAGCCUCGUGUGUAUAUAUCAUUUCAGUAUUUAUUGCUAAAGAAGGGGCCCCCAUUUUCUAAUGGCUUUUUUUUUUUAAUUUUUAAAAUUUAGUUUCUUCCCCUUCUUUGGGGCUGGAAGAGAAUUAAAUUCAUUUGGAAAAAAAAAUGCUGUGUAUUUUGGC